AUGUCUGACUCAGUUAGUCACAAGCCUCCUCAAGGAGUGAAAACGUCCCACUACAAGUCCGAAAUUAUUGUAACGGGUCCUAAAGCAUCUAUACAAGAUUCGGUACAAGUAGCGAAUACCAUCAAAAAGGAACCACAAAUGACUUCUACCUCCGGAACUUCAAAUAAUGACGCGUCCUUCGAUACCCAGGAAGAAGUUGAUUUGAUGAAUUUUGAUGAAGAUUACUUAAAUUUUGACUUUAAUAAUUAUGCUACUAGGGAAGUGGAUUGUAAUGUACAACAUAUAUCUACGAUUGAUCAACUCUUGUGUGAUCUUGAUUUCGGAAGAGAUAUUUUAUUCGCCAAAGCAAAUAAUGUACCAGAGGAUGAAAUAACGCAAAAUAAGCAGAUUACAUCAAAACUUCCGGAGCAACUAACACAUCAUGAAAUUCCUGUAAAGGAUAAUAAUAAAAUGAGAUCACCGUAUAAACCCACAGAUGUCCCGUCUGUUUCAUCUCUUAUGAAGGAGGUACAACUUUCUGAACCUUCUCUUACAACGAAUGGAACACUACCGAAAGAUGCAAUUCGUACUUUUAUCUCGAAGGAGACACAAACGGUUAGUUCUUCUCGUGUUGAUGAGGUCGCUACAAAAUUAACUUAUACCACCAAGGGGACGCAAACUGAUAUAUUUGAGUUGCAUGAUGUUGUGGGUAGGAGAUUCAACAGAGCUGUCAUUGAUUACGAUUUAUUACAAAACAGUUCUCAAUCAAGAAACAAUCAACCUCGGUACCCUGGCGUACAACGAGGUACGAUUAUUCCCCCAAAACGAUAUGGACGAUAUGGAGCUUUGGAUCCUAGAUAUGAAAACGAUAGAUUUGCAGCAUCACCUAUAAGAAAACAUUUUGAGAGCCCGUCGGAACUUUCCUUUCUUAAAGAAUGCGUAUCUGCCCACAAUAGGUGGAUAGCAUUGUUGCGAGAAAAGGAAUUGCGGUUAAGCUGUUUAAAGGAAUUUAAAGAAUGUAAGAGUAUGAAAUGGAUCAAUGCUCACAUGAGCCUCACUAAUGAGCAUUCUGAAAAUUGUUUGACACAUAAAAUGGGCAUAGAUCAACAAAUUAAAGCAAAUUCUCACGAAAAAGAUCGUUUCGAAGAGGAAGACGGACAUUAA